AUGAAGAGAACCAAGGUCGCCGCCGUGGUUCACAAGUCGGCCGCCGCCGGAAUGUCGACAGACAUAGGCAUUCUCGGGUGUAAUGCUGCUGGGGUUUUGGGACUUUUUCCGGAGCAAAAGCUUACAGCUGUUAUACGAAUAUUGGCGUAUGGAGUAUCUGCUGAUCAGGUGGAUGAGAUUGCCCGGAUGGGGAAGUCCACUACGUUGGAGGCUUUGGUAAGAUUUUGCGAUGCAGUUGAAACUCUGUACACUAGGGACUACUUGCGUAGACCUACUCCCAGGGACCUCCAACGGCUUCUACAAAAAGCCGAAGCUCGAGGAUUUCCAGGAAUGAUUGGCAGCAUCGACUGCAUGCACUGGCAAUGGAAGAAUUGCCCAACUGCCUGGCAAGGUGAUUACGGAAAUAGAAAAGGCAAAAAAAGUAUCAUCCUUGAAGCCGUUGCUGGCUACGACACAUGGGUUUGGCAUGCCUUCUUUGGAGUUGCUGGAUCCCAAAAUGGCCUUAACGUGCUGGGUCAAUCCCCGGUCUUCAACGAGGUUUUGAGAGGCCAAGGCCCCAAUAUCACCUAUCAAGUCAACAAUAAAGUUUAG